AGUCCAUGAGUGGAAGUCGUCGCCUCAGCAUUAAACUCUUCGAGUGUGCGGCAAAAAUGUAUGUUUGUGCAUUUAUUGUGACUUAGACGAAGUUUACUUUUAGAGUGGCUUAACUAUCGUGUCGCAUUGGAUUAAUUAUCAUUGAAAUAAUAUUUGAAUAUUUUUCCGGGAAUAAUGUAUUCAAAAAUGGAAGGUGGAAAAGCUGUAGCUCUCAAGAGAACAGAUAGCAUAUGUCCACCACCGGAAGAAGUUCUUCUACAACGCGUUUUAAAGAAUAAUACAGAAGAUUUAGACCUCAUUGUUAACGAAGCUCUUCUUAAAUACAUUUAUGAUGGCUAUAGCAAACCGAUUUUGUUGGUUGCUUGCAUCGAAGAAGCAGUAGAACCCCUCACAAUCCAAGCUUUAAUAGAUUUAGGAGCAGAUAUACGAUUUUCCGACGAGAACCAAUGGGAAGCAUUACAUUUCGCCGCUAAACGAACUAAUUAUUCAGUUUUAAAAGUUGUAAUUGAUAAUUUGAAAGCUAGACAUUUCGAUAUUAACGAUGUACUAGCUCAAAGUAGUAACGCCUUGCAUAUUCUUAUUAGAUACGGAGAAAGUCAAUCGAUUGAUUUUAUCAAAUGCGCUAAACUUUUAAUUCAAGAAGGAAUUAAUGUGAACAGUGGAGACAGUAAAUUCAUAUCACCUAUACUGUGGGCAGCUAAGAAUGGUUCAAAAGAUGUUAUCAAAGUGAUAUUAGAAAAUAGUCCGGUUCCAGUGGAUUUGGACUCCCAUAAACUAAGAGGACAGACCGCUAGAGAUAUUAUUACAAUUAAAAAUUUAUACGAAGGUUAUCUUCCAGAAAAAAUUGAUAACAAUAAUCAAAACGGAAUCGUAAACAAAGGAAGUACAAGAAUCGAUGCGGAGAUACUUUUUAAUUACGUUAAAUUACGAAAAGAAAAUGAAUUUCUGAAUUAUAAUAAUAGAGAUAUUAGAGAUUUCGCAAAUAUCGAAGAUGGUUCCGACACUCUUCUUCAAAUGGCGUGCGAUAAAGGAAGCAAGAUCAUAGUAGAACACCUAUUAAAUAACGGAGCUGAUCAAUCGAGAGUUACCAAUAAAAACAAAAAGACUCCACUGGAAAUAACCGCCGAUCACGGUUUCCACGAAAUAUUUAGUCUUCUUCUAAACCGUCUCGAUAACGAGAUUCCCAUGUCUGUUUUAAUAAGUUUAGUAAAAUGUUAUGAUUACGAGAUAUUUCCAGGUAUAGAUAGAAAACUGUGUUGUAAAUAUCUUCUCGACAAACUGAAAUCUAAUAGGGAUAUAUUGAAUAUAAAUGGUGUGGACGAAUCUAUGAAUUCCCCGUUGCAUUACGCAGUUAGAUAUGGUGACGUUAAUAUCAUUAACGAUCUUCUUCAAACUGGAGCGUCUCUGGGGUCUAAAAACAAAUAUGGUAUUAUGCCUAUCCAGGAUAUGGAACCUGAGGCAUUGAACAAACAUUUGGAUAACUGCGUUCAGUUUGAUUUUAAAGGAAAAAAAGACAAGGAAGAUUUUUCUAUAACGUUCGAUUAUCGUACUUUGAUACCACCUACUACAAAGAUAAGUAGACCAGAUUCGGAAUUAGGUAUAAAUUCUUCCGAUAACCAAGAACUUGUACUUGAAACUGAAGUAAUAUCGUAUAUGAGUACAGCUUCGGAAUUUAAGCAUCUUUUAACACAUCCUGUGAUAGUUAGUUUUUUAUUUAUGAAAUGGCAUAGAAUAAGAUGGCUCUUUUAUACUAAUUUAGCGUUUUAUAUUGCUUUUUUUGUUUCUUUAGUAACUUACGUGUUUUCUUAUUAUGCAAAUUUUGAAGAACUCACAUCCUUUGAAGUUUUUCUUAAAUUCGUUUCGUGGAUAACAUUGCUGAUUACAUUUUUUGUAUUGUUAUUCAGGGAAUUAUUCCAAAUUGCAAUUUUACCGAAAAAGUAUUUUCGGAAUUUUGAAAAUUACUUAGAAAUGACUCUUAUUAUUAUAGCUGGAUGGAUAUUAUUUGUCGGUUCUCCAUCUAUUGAUACCCGUAAACAACUUUCAUCUUUAUCUAUAUUAUUAGCAGCUUUUGAGCUUGUAUUGAUGCUCGGUCAACAUCCGAAACUAUCAACGAACGUUGUUAUGCUGAGAACAGUUUCUUAUGAUUUUUUCAAAUUUCUUUUGUGGUAUUCCAUAUUAAUUGUCGCAUUUGCUUUAAGUUUUAACAUACUAUUUUCCGCAGAACCUAAAAUAAUUGUAGCGAAUCAAACAGAGAGCGAAAGUGACGACGAUUCUUUCGAAAAUCCAGGAAAAUCUGUGUUUAAAACUAUUGUUAUGUUGACAGGCGAAUUCGAAGCCAGCGACAUCAAUUUUGAAGCUUUUCCUUUUGUUAGCAAAUUAAUUUUUGUUCUUUUCAUUUUCAUGAUAGCCAUUAUACUGCUCAAUCUCUUAAAUGGUUUAGCUGUAAGUGACACACAGACGAUAAGAAAAGACGCCGAACUAUUGGGACAUAUCUCUAGAGCUCAACAUAUUUUCUACGUAGAAACGAUGAUGUUGGGAAACAUCCUCCCCAAGAGCUUAGUUACCAAGUUAAACGAUUUAUGCUGUUGCUUACCAUUCGACACAAAUUUACGCUGCACCAUUUCCAAACCUUUAGCAGAAAAAGUUUGUCUUUUUCCACAUUUAUUCAAUUACGAAAUGACUGUCUAUCCUAACAGAUACGGACAAAUAUAUAUCCCGAUGAAUAAGAAACAAAAAUGUUGUCACGGUUAUUGUUAUAACAUUUAUUUAGAUAAAGAGACAAUUUUACGAAUAAACGCGUUAGUUCAGUUUAAAAAAGAGCAACUACAAUCAAAAGUAGAUAUAGAGAUGUAUAAAUCUGAAAUUGUUAUGAUUAAAAAUAAAUUGGAUGAUCUAUUAAAUAAACUCCAAUCGAAACAGUUAGAAUAAUAUGCUGUGAGUAAUUUCUUCAUGGUAUUUUCAAUCAACUACAUCAAAUUCUCUUUCUGUAAUCGAGACAAUAUCCGAAUAAUUGCUUUUUUCUCUCAGUUCAUUUAUUUGGUAUAAUCAUUUUUUCCUCUUCACCGACGUUUGUUAAUAGUGAUUUUUCCUUCCGUUAUAUGUCUCGUUUAUCUAUCAGUCUCAAUACUUACGAUAUUUCCAACAAUUCAGAUGGAAUUUUCUCAAUUUCCCUUCCUCCAUUUAUUUCUAUUUCUUGGUGUGUCUCUUUUCACAUCUCCUGUUUCUAUUCUUAAUUUCGUUUUCGGCUUUCUCUUUGGUCUAUUUGCAUUUGGUUUGACGAUUCAUUAUGGUUUUCCCGUGUUUAUUGAUUAUUUUGCAUUGAAUGCCCUUAUAACUUUUUUCAAGUUAUCGGUGACAGUGUUUUUGUUUGUUUUGUUGUUAUUUUUCCAUUCCAUCUCAACUCUUCGUCUUUUAUUUUUUUAAUGAAUUUUCUUGUUACGAAUUUAUUUCAAGUUUUCCUGAGCUUCAAAGUCUCGAUCGAUUGCUUUUGCUUUCUCCUAUUCCUUCAAAUUAUUCUCUUCUUGUUCUAAGCUCAUCCUAUUAUAUUCGUAUUAAUUUGUUGAAUGUAUGUCUUUCAUAUUAUUUAAAUUAUAAACAAUUCAGUAGUCAAUGGUUACCAUUUAUCUAUUGAAUUGAUAAUAAUCCUAAACAAAAUUAACGAAUUUUAGUUCAAACAUAUCGCAUCUUUUAAUGCCUAGAAUUUCUAAAAGCUUCUUCCCUGCUUUCAUAAUCUGACAUUAUUAAACUAAAAACGCAUGAAAUUCAUUAUAUGGUCCAUUCUAAAUGGAUUCACCUAGCAGAAAAAAUCGAUUUUUUUGCAAACUUCAUUCAUUCAUAUAUUUAUUUUGAAAAAGUAAGACCCUGUGGCGCCGUGUGGAAGUUUACGUUGUGAAUAGGCUUACAUGGAGUCAUAAACUGGGCGAGAAUACUACUAUUAGGAGAUUUAGGCCCUCCACACACGGGUCGACUCAUUUGCAAUUCGAGUUGUCAACGGGAGUCGCGCGCAACCUUGUCUGUGUUUCACAGUGGGAGUCCUCACACGUUGGCAAUGUGAAUCGUAUGAGUUGCGUGCCAGCCGUACAAUAGAAGACCACGGGUGCGGAGGGCCUUAUAUUAUUUAAAAUGAGUAAUCAAUCUCAAUAAAUAUUGCUCAGAUUCCCUCGUAUUGGUAUUCUGCCUUUGUAUUGUAGGCGCAACCAACCUCACCAAUUCUUCAAAGCUUUCUUUUUUCAUCCUAUAGAAUGCUAUAAACUUUGCAACUGUUUCUUUCAGUUCUUCGGCAGAAACAAAAAGCCUGCAGCUUAAGUUUUUUUGAAUAUACGAAUGACAUCAAUAUUUCCUUUUUCCUCCUCUACGAUACCGACUAUCAACCGAGAGUUGCGGACUGAAGUUGCACACAUGGCCCUCCUGUGUGCGGAUUCCAGUUGCAAACAGGUUGCACAACUCCGAUCGCACAAUUUCGAUUGUGCGUUGCGCAGUCAAGUUUUCAAACUCAAAUUGCAAAUGAGUCGACCCCUGUGCGGAGGGCCUUAGUCGUGAUUCACCUAGUGUGAACUGGUAGUCGUGGUAGUGGGAGUCGUCAACAACCAAAAAUAGAUCGGUCGUAAUUACUCCUGCAUGUUGGAGUGAACACGACUGGUUUAGUCGUGAAACACCCACCAAAAGUGAGGUUGCUAGCGUAUAUACACGUAUUUUUUUCGAUUUUUGUAUGAGUGAAAUAAUAAAAUUUACUAUAAUUUAAUAAUCAAAUAAAUUAAUACUUUAUAUAUAUAUAUAUAUAUAUAUAAUUAUAAUUAAUAACAUUUUCUUCGUCAGCAUUCAAAAUGUCAGGGAUGCUUAUUAUCAAAAAUUAAAAAAAAAUAAAUAACUUUGAAAAGUCAGGAGCAUCUUCAGUUCAAAUCAGCCUAAUCCAGUAAUGAAUGAAACCGUAUCUAAUCUUUAGAGUUCACCAGUUCAUUGUAAUAAUACAUCAAAGCAAUUAGAAGACAAAGUUAGUUAUGUUUUAGAUAACCACGUAGAGGUAAAUUUGUCAAACGAAAAGGAGACUGGUGAAAUAUUCAAACUUCCAUCAAAAUUAAAUCAGACAGCUCAAGCAACAAAGAGGCGACUGCAGAAUUUUUCCACUUUCCUGUUUAGCCAUGAUUAAACACAAAUAAAUAAAUAACGUACCAUAAACAACUAGAUGUUAGCGGUUGUUCGUUUCUGGUCGCGACGCUUUUCAGACACUAAUUCGUGUGAACUGGAGGUCGUAUAUUAUCGGUCGUGAAAAUCAAGCAGUCGUGAGACAUGCGCAGAACGAGUAUUAUUCUCGUCCAGUUCACGACUCCGAGUGAACCAGUCUUUAAGCAUUUAAAUGGGUACAUUCACUUCAAACGGCCGUCAUUAUGGUCAAAAUUAUUCUAUCCGGACCAAUUUUUUUCUAAAUUGUGUGGUAUUUACUCUACUUUUAGCUGGUGUUCUCAGAAUUAACAUUGAAUCAAAUAUUUUCCGGGAAAUCCGGAAAAUAUAUUUGCAAAAAUGAAUUUCUCAAAAACCCCACCCUUAAUUUGCGCGAAUUUUGUAUAUGAGUUUUAGUAACCCCCGAUCUACCUUUUUACCAAACGGCAGUUAAACAAAAUUGUCCGUUUAGUAAAUACGGCCCCGCAACGAAAAUAUCGGUUUUCACCUUUGUUGGAUUUUUCCGGUGAUUUGUAAAUGAGUAGCGUGUGACGAUUUUUAUUUGUCCGAUAAGCUGAGUGACACUAAAAAUGUUUCUAAAUAGACUGAUAUAUGUUUUCCAUGUUUCUUUUCACGUAGCCAAUAACUUGUAUUUUGAAUUGAUCAAUGAAAUACUAAAUUCAACCUCAUCGGUAGCUCAUAUCAAGUAUAACCUAUAAAAAUAAAAAUGAUUUUCUCACUUGUGUCAAGGAUGGUUUCCAACAGCAAUCUUUUGGUGCGUGUUUGUGAUAGAUUAAAGUUAAAUCAUGCGUAGAUUCAUUUGUCGGGUGAUUCCUUUCUUGGAUUUUCUUGUUAAAGCAGCUCAUUGAAACUGCUCAAAAAUCAAACACAGAAACUAUUUGUUAUUGGAGGAAGUAGCUCCAACGUUCCCAUUUUUCAAAUUUGACUGUAGUAUCUAGUAGUAUUUUGACCAAAGCUCCUGAAGUUAACGUGUACAAAAUCUCUCUCUUACUCCUACAGCUCCCUUUUUGUUAUUUUUAUGAUAAAACCAGUGGCGUAGUGAGCUUUGGACGGGCCCAGUAUUAAAAUUAGUUGGUGUGCCCAAAUGAAGAGUAAAAUUAGCUCACAAAAGAAACAAAAAUGCCUGCAUUAAAUUAAAAUAAGUAUUUACUGAUUAUAAGUUAUCGCUUCCUCCUAGAAAUUGAGCUAGCCAAAUAAUUCAAAUUAAAUGUACACUAUUCUUUCCUUUUUUUCGGCAAAUUGAUUUAUUAAAUUAUCUAUAGCUGAAGACGAUUUCCUCAUCGAACUCCUUAGGUAAUUUUUCAUCAGUUUUAAUUUUGAAAAACUUCUUUCAGCUGUUGCGGUCGUAACUGGAAGUAUCAAGAAUAGAAAGAAUGCUGUUACUACCAGCAAUAAUUCCAUGAGUUCCUUAAUGGAAUGAAUUUUUCGAAUUUCAAAUUUUUAGCGUGUUUUCAGAUCUCUGAAAUCUUGGUUUAGUUUGAGAAAUUAAUAUAUCUAAACAAGCAAUAGUAUACAUUGACUUUGAAAUAUAAUUCCGGAUCUAAAAUUCUCUCAUCUUGUGAGAACGCAUAAAAAAAACGCUUCGUUAUUAUUCGUCUUUUAUUUUUAAAAACAGUUGUUACUUCCACUCAUUUAGCAAACCAUUGAAUGAAUUUUGAUUUCUUAUUUCGCUCAGUCUAUUCAAAAGAUUGCUUAAUAAAAUACCAGCUUUCUGUAAUUCAUUAUUAUGUAGAUCUUUAGAAACAGGAUUAAUGAUUUCAAAUAAUAAAGAAAAAAAUGUGACAAGCACUAAGAAAAAUCUAUAGUUUGUGUAUGGCAUUUAACAUUGAAGAGACUUAGCGUGUAUUUACAAGAAUAAGACACUUGGAUUCGCAGUGCUUAACCUUGGGAAAAAAGAGAUUGCUUUUAUGACUUUUGUCAUUUCUGAAGUAAAAAAUCUAUAGGCACGUAUAAAAAAUUAUUUUAUAUGUUUUUUGCCGGGAAACACUAGAUUAAGUGAUAUUGGGAAUAACAUUUCACUAAUUUUUGUUUACACACAUUAGGGGCCUCUGUAGCCCGGGAGCUUCGUAUACGGCUGAUACGGCAGUAGCUACGCCUCUGGUUAAAACCUACAUUAUAAAUGCUGGGAGUGGAAUACCUAACGUAUGUGAGGCUUGAACAGGUCAAAAUCGACAUUUUUGUUGCGGGCAAAGUUUCCUGACAAAGUCAUUCAUAUUUAGUUUUUCCAGGUUUGACGAAAAGUUUUUGAUUCAAUGUUAAUUGAAUGACACCAGCUGAAAGUAGAGUGAAUAACGCACAUUGAAAAAAAAAUGGUCCCGUUAGGUUAAUUUGGGUUAUAAUGGCGGCUGUUUGAAAUGAGUGUACCAUUUGAAACGCUUAUUCACAAAGUAGAAUUCCACAUGGCACCAUAGGGCUGAAAAACGUUUUUCGGAAAAAUGAAAGUGGCCAUACAUCUCCCAAUUAAAUAUAGAAUGAAGUUUGGAAAAAUCGAGUUUUACUGCUGGGUGAAUCCGUUUAGAAUGGGGCAUACACUUCUCUUCCAAUGUUAUUAUCCUUUUCUCCAAAUAUCUUCACUUCUUACUUGGUUAAAGACCGCUUGACAUGAUGCAUUGCAAGACGCAAUAUUUCUUGAUAGAAAACAUUUAAAACUGGUCAGAAAAUAUUGAAUAAAGGUGAGGUAUUUGUUCAAUUCAUUUAUUGUAUUUUUGUUAGUGGCAGCCAUGAUGAAAUGGCAAGAGACUAGCAUAUUAUCAAGCGACAUGCAAUAUUUAUCUGUACAAUAUUUUGACCUUUUCAAUUUCUUGCACAAUGUCAAGCAGCCUUAAAUAAUUAUGGCAAACAUAUAUGUUUCUCUUGUCUUCAUCACGUCAUUUCGCUUGUCUGUCUGAAUAUAAAUAUCAACUCUUUUGUUGUAUUAAAUUUUCGAUCUAUUCGAAUCCUUUAUCCGGCAAAUCACUUCGAAUCUUUCUGUGAUAUUUGGCCGUUUUUCCGAUCUCCUCUCCUAUUAUUGAUCUUGUGUCUAACUUUUUGAAUAUUUAUUUUUUGAACUUAAAUAUGUUUUGUCAUUCCAAUAUCUUUCGUUUGUUAUUCCUAAGCCUUUAUAUUAAUUCUUCUUUUUUAUCUAACACUGAUAUUCUUCUUUUUUCUCUCGAAUAUUCUGUGGUUUUCUUCUUUUUUAUUUUUGAUACACCAGGUUGAUGCGCCAUAGGUGUCAACAGGUAUAAUAGUUGCUUUGUAAAUUUUUCAUCUAUUUCUAAUCAUUUUAUUCCUUCUCUUAUUAUCUUCUUUUACGGUUUUUUUAUCAAUUGCCAUUAGUGUUAUGUCAUUUGAAUUUGCUAUUAACUGCGCAUGUAUUUGUGCAAGGGUCAUUUUGAUUGCAGCCUAGUGGAAAGCUUACUUAUACUUUGUUGGCAUGAAGAUUACAUUGAAUAAGUUUAUUCGGUAUUGCAUUUCUGGAUAUAGAGUAAAAAUCACCUUGACUAUCGAUGAUGCAGACAAGCUUUUAAUUGGUCGAGACCAGAGAAAAUUCGUUCGGUCUUCACGCCGUCUCUUAUAUUAAUAAUAGAUAUUUUUAAAAUAAAAAAAAAUUAAAAAGAGGGCAUCCAUAAAUUAACUCACACGUUAAGGGGGCGGGAGGGGGUCAACGAAGUGUGACAUUGUGUGAUAAGAGGGUGGGAGUGGUCCUAAAUUUCGUGUCGUCAAAUUUCAAAGUCUAUUAUAAUCUAAAUGUUGAAACACGAACUUUGAACUGGUACUUUACGAAAACCUCGUAUUUGAAGUAUUGAAUACACUCCAAAUUACUUAUUGUAUACUUAUUAUAUAGACUUUUUUAACUAUUUUGAAUAUUAUACUUUAAUAAUUAUGUAAAAGUUUUAUUGUUGUAAUUAUUUAUAAUAAAAUAUAUUUGUUUUAUA